AUAUGGUUUUUCCCCCUUUGCAGACACAUUCAGUCAUUGCAUAGCUUACAUAAUGCAAUCAGUUCACAACUUGUAGCUGCAGAAAAUCUCUCUGAGUGCCUUUCAAAACAGAUGUCAGCAUUGAGUUUAAGAUCUCAAACUGAGGAAAGGAAGAAUGUUAAGGAGCUGUUUGAAACAAUAGGAAUUCCAUACGAUGCUGCAUUUGGCUCUCCUGAUAUGAAAGGUUAUAUGAAGACUCCUCCUAGUAAGAAGAUCAUGUUUUCUGAUUUGACUGCUAAUAAAGAUCAAUCUAGGAGAAAUCACGCCAGUGUGAUGAAGAGUUGUGAACCAGAAUCUGCCAGGAGGAGAAGAGACUCACUUGACCAGAGUUGGACCUGUUUUGAGCCUCCUAAGACUACCAUUAAAAGGAUGUUACUGCAAGAACUUCAGAAACUGAAUAGGAACGAAUCAUUAAUUUCAAUGAAUAAAGAAAAUAAAGUUUCCACAUUGCAGGAAUCCGUUCCUCGUCAAAUAGAUGACAGAAUUCCUUCAAUUGUCUUCCCUGCGUCUAAAAUGAAAGCAAGCAUUCUGGAUUCUCAUCUUGAACUUGAAAAGGUGUCACAAAACUCGAAGGCAUUUAUAUCUGCUGACAGCAACCAAGUACCCACUCAGUUUUCAGAGUCCAAGUCUAGUAUUUUUCAGAAAAACAAUAGUUUAGUCAUUCCCGCACAGCCUGCAUUCCGUUUGUCACCUACAGUGGCGCAUGGUCAUUCCACAGAAGCUAAACAUGCUGAAAAAUCAACUGUUCAAAAGUUUGAUAUAAUUUCAAAUAGUGAAAAUAAGCCUACUCUGCAUUGGAAAAUGCCUCAACAAUCCUCAAUCUCUACCUAUUCAACCACAGAAACACCUUCAAUGCUGAUUAAAUCUGUUGAAUUGCCCAUUACAAAUACUAAAAUGACUACGGCUGCAAGUUCUACAACCAGGGGCAAAUUUUCAAGUGCAUUUACUCCCGAGUCUAGGAGAAAAGACCUCCCAUCCUCCGAGUCACACUCAUCCGCUAUUUGUGCACCUUCAACCUUCGUUGAAAAAGUUACCGAGUUCGAUGUAGAUAAAAGUUUGCCCAAAGAAAAUAUCCCAUCAGUGCCCACAUUUAAAUCUCUGUUUUCUCCAACUCUUAAAACAUCUUCCUCUUCAUUGUCGUCAUCUGUCUCAUCUGCAGCAGUGCCUCCAGUUGUGGUGUCCGUGACAUCAACCAGUUCGUUGACUAGUUUAAAUGCCAAUACAGAUUCUAAUCAUGUAUCAUCUUCACCAUCAACAUUUCUUCACUUAUUUAAUCAGACACCUAAAGACACGGUGUCACCUAACCUACCUGGCUUGAAGUCAACUGUAGACUCACUCAAGUCAGAAAUUCAACCAGUUGCUGCGCUUAAAUCAGAUAUUCGACCAGCUACUGUACCUAAAUCAGAUAUUCAACCAGCUGCCAUAUCUAAUUCAAAGACCGAUUUAGAUGGUGCUGAAGCAGUCACUCAGCUAAAAGAACCUCUAAAUGGUGCAUCUGAAUUAAUGCUUGGACCUACAAGAAAAAUCGGUCCUACUAACAAUCAAUCUUCCAACAAUAUAACAAGUUCUGAUCUCAAUGCUGUCUCUGUUUCUCAAGCAGCACAGCCUUCUGAAGCUCCGCAGCUUUCAACUUUCCUUCCUCCUGCUAGUGUUUCAAGUGGAAAAAAUGAGGGUUUGGAUGUUGGAAUCACGUAUGAGGAUGAGAUGGAAGAAGAAGCUCCUGAGACAAGUAACACAGCUGAACUUAAUUUGGGAAGUCUUGGUGGGUUUGGUAUUAGCUCAAGCCCCAACCCAUCAAUGCCCAAGUCAAAUCCUUUUGGAUAA